AUGUGUAUAUUUUCACAGAAAUCAACGCGGAUCCGAAACGCUCCUGCAAAACUGCAAGCAGCCACUAUUCACGUAUAUGACAUCACCAAAGUACUGGGAAUCAACAAAAAAUUAGCUGAAAAAUAUAUCAUUGAUUCAGACAAUUUAACGGAAAUGUGUGAGCGUAAUCGAGUAGUAGCCGAGAAGUAUGGUAAUUCUGAUAUAGUUCAAUGUUGGAAAUUGGCUCAUUUGAUAGCAACAUCGAUAUCAGCCUCAAACGACUCAUUGGACGAUGAAAUAUUUUCACAGCAAAUUCCAUUUCCAAAAAUUUUGCUCGAGUCAUUAAUAAGUCAUUUUGCGCAGAAAUGUGACGUUCAAACAGCGUCAAUGUUGUGUUGUGCCUUUGGACGGCAUUGCCCAUCGAAUUUGGAUUUAUCAAGAAGUUCAAGCAUGAGCGGAAAGUCACUCAAUGCGAGUCAUUUACUAAGUAGUAUGUAUCAUCGCAUUCUUAAGCCGAGUGGAUCUCCCUAUCAUACAAUUUUGCCGAUUGAUUCGCAAUCAGGCCAAUCAUGGAAUUUUAUUGCGCAAUGGAAACAAUACCGAAGUAACUCGUGGUCAGAUUCGUUGGAUGAUUGUCGCGUGGUUCCUGCACUGGACAUCAAUCGAUCUCUGUUGGGUGACUCUCAACGACACUUGUAUGACUGUUACAAGCGCUUAUACGCUGAAGCAUUAUAUCGUUGGCAUUUGUUGGUGCCACGAGCCAAAGUUUUGAAAUAUCUCAGUUCGAAUCCGGAAAUUUAUCGUGAUGUUGAAUAUGUGACGGAGUGUACGUCAUGUUCACGCGUUACCAAGGCACCAGUGUGCAAAGAAUGCCGCAAACCACUACUCAAGUGCGUCUUAUGUCGAUUGCCUGUCAAGGGAUUAGCAAAUGCUUGUUUGAAUUGCGGCCAUGGCGGGCAUACUUCACAUAUGAAAAUCUGGUUUUCG